AUGUGUCCUCCUCCGUCAAACGUCAACACUAAAGGUGCACCGAAGAAACCAAUGCACAGAAGCCAAAGAUCCACGAAGCGUGAUCUGUCUUAUUGGGAGUAUGUUGAUACUUUUCAUUCUGUUCAGAGCAGCAACUCUUCAGUGAAACAUAGUGCAUCAUCUUUUCCUGACUCGCCAAAGCCACCGAAGCCAACAAGGAUCAUCCCGAUGUUGGAUCAAUUUGAGUCAUUUAUACAGGGUUUCAUUGACGACAUUGUGGAUGUCAAAGUGGACGGUAAAUGUGGAUAUCAGUCCAUUGCCGGUUUAUUAGGUAUGGGUGAAGAUUCUUGGUCGUUGGUGCGCCACGAAUUGAUGAAAGAACUUGGCAAAUGGUCGGAUGACUACAUCAAGCUCUUCGGUGGCACAUAG